UUGCCUCUUUCUCAUGUCCUUCCUGCUCCUUCCUUCAGAGGCACUGGAGAUCUCUCUGCCCCAUGGAAGCGGCAUUACAGUGCACAUCAAGCCGGUGAGCCCAGCCCUUCCGGGGAAACCCUGCUACAUCACCAUGCUGAGGCAGCAUAUGACUGAGUUGCCUGUGAAACCCGGAGAAAGAAAGACCUUUACCUUUAGCUGCCACAAUCCGGAGAAGCACUUUGUGAUGAAGGUCGAGAAGACUAUCGACUGCAUGGCAGGCCCGUGUCCUUUUGGGGAGGUUCUUCUUCAGCCAUCCACAUCAGAGCUGCCCACCCUCAACAGAACCUUCAUCUGGGACGUCAGAGCUCAUAAGAGCGUUGGCCUGGAGCUGCAGUUCUCAGCCCCUCGCCUAAGGCAGAUUGGGCCAGGUGAGAGCUGUGCCAACGGAGUUACUUACUCCAUCAGUGGCCGUAUAGAUACCACUGAGGUCAGGAUUGGGACCUUCUGCAGUAAUGGCACCGUGUCCCGGAUCAAGAUGCAAGAGGGUGUGAAAAUGGCCUUACACUUGCCCUGGUUCCACUCCAGGAACAUCUCAGGCUUCAGCAUCGCCAACCGAUCAUCUAUAAAACGCCUGUGCAUCAUUGAGUCGGUAUUCGAGGGUGAAGGCUCGGUGACCAUGAUGUCUGCCAACUACCCAGGAGGCUUCCCUGAGGAUGAGCUUAUGACCUGGCAGUUCGUUGUCCCUGUACACCUAAGGGCCAGCGUCUUCUUCCUCAACGUCAAUGUCUCCAACUGUGAGAGGAAGGAGGAGCGAGUCGAAUACUAUAUCCCAGGAUCCACCACCAACCCGGAGGUGUUCAGGCUGCAGGACAAGCAGCCAGGGAACAUGGCUGGGAGCUUCAACCUCUCCCUGCAAGGCUGUGACCAGGAUGCCCAGCGCCCAGGGAUCCUCCGGCUCCAGUUUCAGGUCCUGGUCCAGCGUCCACAGAAUGAGAGCAAUAAAACCUAUGUGGUGGACCUGAGUCAAGAACAAGCCAUGUCACUCACCAUAGAGCCACGGCCAGUCAAACAUGGCGGCAAGUUUGACCCUACGUGCAUCGUGUGUCUAGAGUCUUGGUCCUGUAGUAACAAUGUCACCCUGACAGCUGGCUCCAAACACAAGAUUUCCUUCCUGUGCGAUGACUUGACACACCUGUGGAUGAAUGUGGAGAAAACCAUAAGCUGUCUGAACUACUACUGCUACAAGAGGUCCUUCCACCUGCAGGUGCCCAGGGACAUCCUCCAGCUGCCCGUGCAGCUGCACGACUUCUCCUGGAAGCUACUGGCACCCAAGGACAGGCUCAGCCUUAUGCUGGUGCCAAGUCAGAAGCUACAGCAGCACACGCGAGAGAAGGCCUGUAACUCCAGCUUCGGCUACCUCGUGGCCAGCACCACCCCUGGCCAGGACUUGUACUUUGGCUCCUUCUGCCCAGGGGGCUCCAUCGAGAAGAUCCAGGUGAAGCAGAACAGCUCCGUGACGCUGCGAAUGUACGCGCCCAGCAUCCAACAAGAGGUCUCCAGGCAAGGCCUGACAGCAUCCUUCAUACCGUAUUUCAAAGAGGAAGGCAUCUUCACGGUGACCCCGGACACAAAAAGCAAAGUCUACCUGAGGACACCCAACUGGGACCGUGGCCUGCCUGCCCUCUCCUCGGUGUCUUGGAACAUCAGUGUGCCUAGCAACCAAGUGGCUUGUCUGACCUUCUUCAAAGAGCGUUCCGGCGUGGUCUGCCAGUCGGGCCGUGCAUUCAUGAUCAUCCAGGAACACCGGGGCCGGGCAGAGGAGAUCUUCAGCCUGGAGGAGCAAGUGCUGCCUAAGCCAAGUUUCCAUCGUCACAGCUUCUGGGUUAAUAUCUCCAACUGUAGCCCCGUGAAUGGCAAGCAGCUAGAUCUGCUCUUCUGGGUGACCCUCACCCCAAGGACUGUGGACUUGGCUGUCAUCAUUGGUGCAGCAGGAGGCGGAGCCCUGCUACUAUUUGCCCUGGGACUUCUCAUCUGCUGCCUAGUGAAAAAGAAGAAGAAGGUCAGCAAGGGUCCUGCUGUGGGCAUCUACAACGGCAACGUCAAUACCCAGCUGCCCCAGACUCAGAAGUUCCAGAAAAGACGAAAGGACAAUGACUCCCAUGUGUAUGCAGUCAUCGACGACACCAUGGUGUAUGGGCACCUGCUGCAGGACUCCUGCGGAUCCUUCAUCCAGCCAGAGGUGGACACCUAUCGGCCCUUCCAGGGCCCCAUGGGGGACUGCCCCCCCUCCCCGCCCCCUAUAUUCUCCAGGACCCCAACUGCAAAGUUCACUGCUGAUGAGCCAGCCCCUAGUAGCCCUCCUGAGUCUGAGAGCGAACCCUACACUUUCUCACACCCCAACAAGGAGGUGGUCGGUGUCAGGGUGACAGACAUCCCCUUACUCGACACCCGGGGGUCAGUGGAGGAAGAAGAUUAACUUGACCCCAUUCCAAAGACUUUGCCACGAUGCCUGGCGCCGGGCGUUGAGACUCACAGAACUGUUCCAAUCAGAAGUCAGAUGGACGAGCAGUGGACUAGGAGG